AUGAGCUCGGAAUGCUCUGAGUUUGUUGUCGUUGACGAUGAUGGCUUGCAGGGGACUAAUGAAACCAUAUGGAGGCUAAAUGAAGUAAUUCAUCUGUACAGAAGUGCUCAUGAUGCACUUGUGAGAUCGAAUAUUUUAUUGCAAGACCAGCUGCGUUUGGCGCUGGAGCUUGUCCUUCAGUCCGUACCACCCGACACAGAGUCCAAUGUUGAGGAUCUUGUAAAGACUGUCUCAGAAUCGGCCUAUACGUCGAAUGAAGUCACUCGAUUACGCCGCGAUUACGUCAAAAGCCUUUGCUCAAAAUUGGUGGUUAUCAAUGCGGAUUUCCAAAAGCUUUCCCAAGAAUUCGAGGCUUUGAAGAUGGGCAAUACUUCAGACACGCUCUCCAAGGUAAGCAUGGUUCGCAGUGUAUGUAUAUUGUACUGUUCGCCACGGACAACUGUCAUGUUUUAUGUUGCAUACAUCGGGUCCUGUACAUGA